AUGCAGAAGAAGCGAGCGUUCCAGAUAGAGGCGUUCAAGCAUCGCGUCGUGGUCGAUCCCAAGUACGCUGAGAAGACGUGGAAGGUUCUAGAACAUGCUAUCCACGAGAUAUACAACCACAACGCCAGUGGCCUUAGCUUUGAAGAGCUUUACAGGAAUGCAUAUAAUAUGGUUUUACACAAAUUUGGGGAGAAACUUUACACAGGGCUUGUGAUGACCAUGACUACUCAUCUAAAAGAAAUUUCUCAAUCGAUUGAAUCUGCUCAAGGAGAAAUUUUCUUGGAUGAGCUCAAUAGGAAGUGGGUAGAUCAUAACAAGGCAUUGCAAAUGAUCCGAGAUAUACUGAUGUACAUGGAUAGAACAUUUAUACCUAGCAAUCAUAAAACUCCUGUUCAUGAGCUUGGUUUGAAUCUUUGGAGAGAUGUUGUGAUUCAUUCCAGCAAAACUCAGGCUAGGCUUCUAGAUACACUUCUUGAGCUUGUGCUUAGAGAAAGAAAUGGUGAAGUAAUAAACAGAGGAUUGAUGAGAAAUAUAAUAAAGAUGCUUAUGGAUUUGGGUUUGCCUGUUUACCAGCAUGACUUUGAGAAGCAUUUUCUUGAUGUAUCAGCAAAUUUUUACUGUUGUGAGUCCCAAAAAUUUAUUGAAUCUUGUGAUUGUGGUGAUUAUCUGAAGAAAGCUGAGAGACGUUUAAAUGAAGAGUUGGAGAGAGUGUCUCAUUACUUGGAUCCUAGAAGUGAGAUGAAGAUAACUAAUGUGGUGGAGAAGGAGAUGAUUGAAAGUCAUAUGCACACUCUAGUUCAUAUGGAGAACUCUGGCCUAGUUAGUAUGCUUGUAGAUGACAAAUACGAAGACUUGCAAAGAAUGUAUAACUUGUUUCGCAGGGUGCCUGCUGGGCUCACAAUUGUAAAAGAAGUCAUGACCUCUUUUGUACGAGAUACAGGUAAGCAGCUAAUUAUGGAUCCUGAAAGGUUGAGAGAUCCUGUGGAUUUUGUUCAACGUUUGUUGGAUUUGAAGGAUAAAUAUGAUAGGAUUAUUACGAUGUCUUUUAACAAUGACAAGACAUUUCAGAAUGCCUUGAAUUCCUCUUUUGAAUAUUUCAUCAAUUUGAAUGCCCGGUCUCCAGAGUUCAUUUCUUUGUUUGUGGAUGACAAACUUCGCCGAGGGUUGAAAGGGGUUGGUGAGGAGGAUGUGGAGGUUGUACUAGACAAAGUCAUGAUGCUUUUCCGGUACCUACAGGAGAAGGAUGUGUUUGAGAAGUAUUAUAAGCAACACUUAGCAAAAAGGCUUCUCUCAGGGAAGACUGUAUCUGAUGAUGCAGAAAGGAGUUUGAUUGUUAAGCUAAAAACAGAAUGUGGAUAUCAGUUCACUUCUAAGUUAGAGGGUAUGUUUACUGACAUGAAGACUUCUCAUGAUACAAUGCAGGGUUUCUACGCAGGCCAAGGUGCAGAGUUGGGGGAUGGUCCCACACUAUCUGUCCAGGUGCUUACAACAGGAUCAUGGCCUACUCAGCCUAGCCCACCUUGUAAUCUUCCAACAGAAAUACUGGGCGUGUGUGAUAGGUUUCGAACAUAUUAUCUUGGCACACACAAUGGUAGGAGAUUGUCGUGGCAAACUAACAUGGGUACUGCUGAUUUGAAAGCAACAUUUGGUAAAGGCCAAAAGCAUGAGUUGAAUGUUUCGACAUAUCAAAUGUGUGUACUCAUGCUUUUCAACAAUGUUGAGCGGUUGACUUGUAAGGAGAUAGAGCAAGCUACAGCGAUUCCCAUGUCAGAUUUGAGGAGGUGUCUUCAGUCUCUUGCCUGUGUCAAAGGAAAAAAUGUUCUUCGAAAAGAGCCAAUGAGCAAGGACAUAGCUGAGGAUGAUGCAUUCUUCUUUAAUGACAAAUUCACAAGCAAGUUCUUCAAGGUAAAGAUAGGGACUGUUGUUGCACAGAGGGAGUCUGAACCAGAAAACCUAGAAACUCGGCAAAGAGUGGAGGAAGACAGAAAGCCACAGAUUGAGGCAGCAAUUGUGAGGAUAAUGAAAUCAAGACGAACUCUAGAUCAUAAUAAUAUCGUUGCGGAGGUCACAAAGCAGCUGCAGUCACGGUUUUUGCCUAAUCCUGUUGUUAUUAAGAAAAGAAUUGAAUCCCUUAUUGAGCGUGAGUUUUUGGAGAGGGAUAAAGUGGAUAGAAAACUGUAUCGCUAUCUUGCUUGA